CCCGCCCCGCUCCGCCGCCGCCGCCGCUCCGCCGCCGGCCAUGGCCAAGGACCAGCUGAAGCCGCGGCUGUGCCGAAUGCUGAAAGGGGAGAGCGGCUACGGCUUCCACCUGCACGGCGAGAAGGGCAAGAGCGGCCAGUUCAUCCGCAAAGUGGAGCCCGGCUCGCCCGCCGAGGCGGCGGGGCUGCGCGCCGGGGACCGCGUCGUGGAGGUGAACGGGCUCAACGUGGAGCAGGAGACGCAUCACCAGGUGGUGCAGCGCAUCAAGGCCGUGGAGACGGAGACGCGCUUGCUGGUGGUGGACAAGGAGACGGACGAGUACCUGUGCAGCCUGCGGCUCACCUGCACCGAGGACAUGGUGCACAACGGGAUCCUGCUGGGCUCGGCCCUGCCCCCAGCCAAGGGCCUGGCCGCCGACAACGGCGAGGUCUGGAAGCCACAGCUGGACCUGAGCGGGGGCAGCCUCCAGAGGCAUUCCCACAGCUUCUCCUCGCACGGCAGCAGGAAGGAUUUAAACGGCCAGAAGGAGCUGUGCCCACGUCUGUGCCACCUGAAGAAAGGCCCCAAUGGCUACGGCUUCAACCUGCACAGCGAGAAGUCGCGGCCGGGCCAGUUCAUCCGCUCCGUGGACCCCGACUCGCCCGCGGCCCGGGCGGGGCUGCGGCCCCAGGACCGCCUGGUGGAGGUGAACGGGAUAAACGUGGAGGGCCUGCGGCACUCGGAGGUGGUGUCCCACAUCAAAUCCAGGGAGAGCGAAGCCAGGCUCCUGGUGGUGGACCCCGAGACAGACGAGUACUUCAAGAAGCUGGGGGUGACCCCCACGGAGGAGCACACCAAAGGUGUGCUACCCCAGCCCAUGACAAAUGGAUCUGCACAGACUCAGCUGAACGGAGGAUCCACAUCUUCAUCUCACAGCGACCUGCAGAGUCCUGGGAAGGAAUCCGAGGACGGCGACGCCGACAAGAAGGACCCGUUUGAGGAGAGCGGGCUGAGCCUGAGCCCCACGGCCGCCGAGGCCAAGGAGAAGGUGAGGGCCAAGCGCGUGAAGAAGCGAGCGCCGCAGAUGGACUGGAACAAGAAACGGGAGAUUUUCAGCAAUUUCUGAGCCCUGCUGGUGCCGCUCCCUCCCGCCCCAGCUCGGACGUUUCUCAGGGGCCCGCGCCCCGUCCUUCGGUGUCCACGUGAGAUGCUUUGUGCUCUGCUCUUCACUGGUUGCUUUUACAAGGCGUAUUUUAAAGUCCUUUUUAUUUUUAUUUUUUAUUAUUAUUGUUGUUAUUAUUAUUAUUGUUACUCACCAGCGAUUCUCAUAAGAAAAAUGUGACCAAAGCUCCUUUUCUUGCUUGCUCUUGAGCCCGGCUCCGGCUGCCCGCCGUCCCUUGUUCCUGUGAGAAAGGACUGGAAGAAUUUUAACUUUUGUUUCUUACCUGCAUCAUUUAGGCUUCUGUUACUUCUUUUUUACUUUUUAUGUGGGGUGUUUUGGCUUUAUGGGUGUCCCAUGGGAUGCUCGGUGCACUGUGGGAACAUCUCAUGGCUUGUGGUGGAGGUGCCAGGGACCCCCCCCAGCUCCCCGUGCCCAGCAUUAGCUACCCCCACCAUGGGAAAAUGGACUGUGGCUGGAAAUUGUUCGCUGGCUUUGCUAUUGAAGCAAAAACAUUUGUUUUGUUGGUUUUUUAGAUUUUUUUAAAUGAAGUCUCAUGUGUUUCCAGUUAGUUUAGGAACAUGUCCCCCCACCAGCAGCUCCUCCUCAGGUAGGAAAAGCCCAUUUUUCACCCCAAACAGCUCUGCAGAGGGGAGAGGGUGGGGUUUAAAAGCAAACCCCAAACCCAAAGGCCACAGCUCUCCCCACCUGCAGCCGUGGAUGUGGCAGGAGAAAGAGGAGCAGAGCCACUCCUGCCACACGGAGCACGAAGAUGAGAACCACGAGGUGCUACAAAACCCCUUUGGACAGACCUGGAAGUGGGGAUGACCAACAUCUGCUUCCAGGAGGGAGCACAGGGAUGCAGCUCUAACUGAGGCUCGGCGCUGGGGCUGCUCCAGGUCCCACCUGGGCUGGGAUUUGGUGUCCCCAGCCCGGGAGUGUCACCGUGGCAAGGACAUGCUCCGUGUCCGUGGGCUGUACAGGUGCUGUGAUGGCGUGGGCAGCACCUCUGCCUUCCCAAAGCCCACUCUGGGCAUUGUGUGUUUAAAGCACUACGGAUGAAGUGCAUUUAAGCUCUUUGUUGCUGCCUGUGGCUGUGUGGGUGAAGGUGACUCAGCGCUCCCAGGAACCAGAGCUGAGCUCCCAGGGCAGGCCUGGGGCUGCCCCAUCCCUCCCACGCUCCAGCAGCGACCCCAGCCCUGCUCUGGGGACACAAAGCCACUUUUCCCAGCGAGCUGGCCACGGAUGAGGUGGGAGCACAGAGCUGGGGCUGUGCCCUGCCUCUCUCCAGGAUAGAACCCUUGGCUGCUCAGUGUGCAACGGGUGUGGGAACGGCUCUGCACGGAUUUCCUAAGGGAUUUCCAAACUGUGGAGCUAAAAGGUGCCUUAUGCCACCCUCUGCUCUCCUCAGCACUGGGUGUUUGGCUCCCCUGGGCAGCAGCUGGUGCCUGUGGCCUUAUGCUGCUGGCAGGAGAGAGUGGAGAGCCUCAGGGGUGAAGGAGAUGAGUUCUCUUGAUGAAAGUUAUCUUUUAGGAUUGUUGAUGGGCUGAACAGGUUGAAAAUAAUGACUUUGGAGAGGAACUGGUGCAGGUGUUUGGCUGUGGAUGAUGAGACGCACUGGGGUGAUGGGGGAUGUGGAGAGGCUGCCUCCCCUCGGGGCUCUGCCAUUAACAAGACACCUCCUCCCCAUCCCACUUCGAGCUACCUGCACUCUUUUUGGCCCCCAAAAUGCUGUCUUCUCUCUCUGGGUAAUGUUUGGGAGGAGCCUUUCUUUUCCAUGCUGUGCACGCCGCUUCCCGUGGCCAAACCCCGGCAGUGCCCGGGCUGCGUGGGCAGAGCAGCCCCAGGACAGCCUGGUGCACGUCCCAGAGCACAGACCUGGUGUCAGCACCCCACCUCUCAUCCCAGCCUGCUGGACUUGAGGGGGGGAAUUCAACAACCUGGUGUAGUGUUGAAUGUAGAUCAAAAGAAAUCAGGUGUGCGAAUCCGUGUUGGUAAAAUUGAAAGUCUUAAUCUCUUAGUCCAUGGAAACUGCUCCUGGUUGAAGCAUUACUGCAUUCAUCUUGUUGUAGCUCAGUAGUAAUUAUUCAGUUCCUGUACAUUUUAACUUGGAAAAGAAAAAUCAAUAAAGUCUAAGGCUGGCAGCAGCAUUGCAAACCCACCAUGUACACUGUAAUGUCAGUAAUAAACUCGGUUUGCCAUGUACC